GAGAUUCAGCAUAUUGUCAGUUAACCACAGGAUUAUACUGUCGCCAUGCUGUUGUCUUCCCUCAGGAUGCUCGGCCAGCGAGGCCCCUCCAUUGCCUCUCGUACUUUCAGCACCACUUCCGCGGCUUCGGCUGCCGAGGUCAAGUCGCUGGGUGUGAUUGGAGCUGGUCAGAUGGGACUGGGAAUUGCUCUGGUGGCUGCCCAGAAGGCCGGAGUCCCCGUGACAUUGGUCGAUAACUCCCAAGCAUCGUUGGAUAAGGGUCUUAAAUUUGCCGAUAAGCUACUUGAAAAGGACAUUUCCAAAGAGCGUAUUACCCGAGAUGCAGCAGACAGCGCUCGUGCCCGCAUUUCUACCAGUCUGAAAAUGGACGACCUUUCCUCGGUGGAUUUUGUCAUUGAGGCUGUCCCUGAAAUUCCUGACCUCAAGACCUCCAUCUUCUCCCAGUUGGCUCAGAUUGCUUCCAAGGAUGCCAUUCUCGCGACAAACACCUCGUCGAUUUCUAUCACUAAGAUUGCCGCUGCGACUACCAAGGACCCUACAGACCUGCAGGCCUCUUCGCGCGUUAUCUCGACACAUUUCAUGAACCCAGUGCCGAUUCAGAAGGGCGUUGAGAUCAUCUCCGGUCUACAGACUUCGCAGGAGACGCUCAGCACAGCCGUCGAGUUUGUGAAGCGUAUGGGCAAGGUCGCGUCUGUCUCGGCUGAUGCUCCCGGUUUCCUCGCCAACCGUAUUCUGAUGCCGUAUAUUAACGAGGCUAUCAUCUGCCUAGAGACUGGCGUCGGUGGCCGCGAGGAUAUCGACAGCAUUAUGAAGAACGGAACCAACGUCCCCAUGGGUCCGUUGACGUUGGCGGACUUUAUUGGUCUCGACACGUGCUUGGCUAUCAUGAAUGUCCUGCACCAGGAGAUUGGUGACAGCAAGUACAGACCGUCCGGUCUGCUGCGGAGAAUGGUUGAUGCCGGUUGGUUGGGCAAGAAGUCCGGAAAGGGCUUCUACGAGUACUAAUAGAUGUAUAUGAUUGUCUUAUAGCGCAGUAUAUAAAUGGUAAAAGAAACGAUAUAUUAGGACCAGAUCCAUUUGGUAUGAUUAAGGGAUCCUCGGAUACAAAAUAGGCACGCGUCUCAGCAAAAAAAAAUACAGAGACAUGAGCGUAGCCAUCGAUUCGAAUGUUGAAUAUGGGCCCCAGAAUGAUGCGCUAACAAGCAGCUUCCUGGAAAAGUUAGGGGCAAUUCCACUGUCAUAUCCUAACAAUUCCUCUCUUCCCGCG